AGAAGAUGGCGAGGGUGUGUAGGCGGCAGCAAUGCUCCGUUGAGAGACGCGGCUUUCGGCAAGAACUGGAUUCGUGGCGCCACAAGCUCAUUGACUGUGUAGACUGUGAACCUGAAAGCAUUUCUGACUGGACUUUUGAUGAAAACUGUUUAUUCUGUUGCUUCAGAAGAGAUAAAGUAAAGGGACACUUAGUCGGUCUGGAUGAACCAGCUUCGGGAGCUGGGCAAGAAGCUCUGCUUAAACAAGAGCAAGCAAAAAUCAUUCGAUUCGAGAGACAAGCAGAAGAAUUCCUCAAAGCAGUCUUUUAUAGAAAAGACAGUCCCUGGGUCUCCGACCCCAAUAUUCCCCUAGUGGCCCGUGAGAUCAUGCAGCGAAUGAUCCAACAAUUUGCUGCUGAAUAUACCUCAAAAAAUAGCUCUACUCAGGACCCCAGCCAGCCCAAUAGCACAAAGAACCAAAGCCUGCCGAAAGCAUCUCCAGUCACCACCUCUCCCACGGCUGCAACUACUCAGAACCCUGUGCUCAGCAAACUUCUCAUGGCUGACCAAGACCCACCUCUGGACCUUACUGUCAGAAAGUCUCAGUCAGAACCUAGCGAACAAGGUAUGGUUUGAUGUCAAGGUCUCCUCUAUCUUAUCAGAAUACUUUUCUUUGGGGAGAGAAAAAAAAAAAAGCAUUGGCAAGUAGAGCAUCAGCAGCAAUAAUACCAUAAAAACUAAUGUGAUUCUUAAAUUAUUUCUUACUAUGCAGUGAUGGAGAAGUACAGCUAGAGUUGUUAUAGCCUUAUCUGUCAGCAGUUUGUAGUCAUGAUUGAUGUA